AUCCGAGCUUUUCCCCUUUCCGCCAAAGCCUCGGAGCUCGUGACGCUUGCUAUGGCUAUGGAGGUCGGGCAUCGCGGAUCCACCGCUUUGAGCGCCCCGGGAGGUAUUUUUCGGGAGUUCUAGGCUAUCGAUCCAGAUCGCGGCGUUUUGGGGCGGCAUCGCAGCUGGAAUUAGCGUGGCUCGCUGCGGCAUGAGGUAGAUUCUUGGAAAUCCGGGGAGGGAUGGCUGCCGGGUGUGGCCGCGGCGAGAAUGCGGCAGCGUCGGAGGAGAAUCAUCGCGCCCUGGUGCCGCGAGCUGCGGAGAAUCAUGCGAAGAUGAUGCUUGUGGGCGCCGGCGCGCGAUGCUUGUUCUAUCCCACGCUCUUCUACAAUGUUGUUCGCAAUAGAUUCCAGGCAGAGUUUCGGUGGUGGGAUGAGAUUGAUCAGUUUUUGUUGCUGGGUGCUGUCCCAUUUCCAAGAGAUAUACCCCGUCUUAAGGAAGCUGGUGUUCAUGCAGUGGUGACUUUGAACGAAUCAUACGAGACUUUGGUUCAUACGUCCUUGUACAAGAAUCAAGGGAUCAAUCACCUUGCAAUUCCGACCAGGGACUAUUUAUUUGCACCAUCUUUCGUUGAUCUUCGCCGGGCAGUGCGAUUCAUUCAUGAUCACGCACAACUUGGGAUGAGGACUUACGUUCACUGCAAGGCAGGACGAGGACGAAGCACCACUGUUGUGAUUUGCUACUUGGUGGAGCACAGAGGGAUGACUCCUCUCGAGGCUUUGAGUUUCGUGCGCUCCAAACGACCUCGAGUUCUUCUAGCCGCCUCCCAAUGGAAGGCAAUCCAGGACUACUGUGAUCAAGUCAUCAAGCCACAGUGCUACAUGACUCUGAGCUUCCACACCUCCGUCGCCACCAGCAGCGAAGCUCCAUCCAGCACGGUGGCGACUGUGGAGGAUUUGGACUUGGACUUGCCAGUGCUGGUUAGCAAGGCAGACCUGGUGGGCUACACGAGCAUCGAAGACGCGGGGAUCAUCGGCAACGAGCUGUGGAAAGACAUAAGCUUCGUUUGCCGCUUCCGGCUGGCCGCCAUACGCAACUUUCGAGCGGCUUCCGCCUGGAUCGGCACGCAUUCCAGAGGGUCAAGCCUCGAAACUUGCAAGAAGAUGGCUGCUUCAUCGCCAUCACCAUCCUCUUCGUCGUCGCCAUCGUCGACUUCGGCGUAUGCUUUGGACGGAGUCGUCGUGCCCGUUUGCUAGUCGGGUGGGAAACUGAUAAAAGCACCGGAUUUUGCCAGGUGGCACUGGUGGGGCCGUUGAUCUGCCAGUUCUUGUUGUAAAAAGGGGUUUUUCCUUCUUACCGCUGCAGUAAGAAAUUCAAAUUUUUGUC